UGCAUUUGGUAUGGUCAGGAUUCUCAAGAACGAAAUAAGGCUUACAAUGGAACAGCAAAACCAUUGUUUAAUAAAGAAAGUAUUGAAAUUCUGAGUGACAUGUGCCCAGAUUUAGUAGAUGACUUAUCAGAUGUCAGAACAUGUUGUGAUGCCGAACAAAUUGCAUUGAUGAAUAGGAAAAUGGAAGUUGCAAGAACUAUCUUGUCAAGAUGUCCCCCAUGUCUAAGAAAUUUCCAAAAUCUUUUCUGUCAUUUAACUUGUAGUUCCAAUCAAAGUGACUUCAUGACAGUCACUAGCUAUGAUAAUAUAAGCUUCGUGGGUGAAAUAUCAUACUACAUCUCUUCCAACUUCACUAAUUCAACAUUUGCAUCAUGUAAGGAUGUACAAAGUCCCAGCUCUGGUCAGAAAGCUAUGUCACUUAUGUGUGGUUCAGCUGGUGAAUCUUGUACUCCUAAGGUCUGGCUGGAUUUUCUUGGAAUGAAAGGGGUGUCUCCAUUUCAAAUAAACUUUAAAAUAACAGUGGAAGAUGAAGUUGUAGAAAAUAACAAGACUUACCACCCGAUGAAUGCUCAGACCACUCCCUGUGUUGGCAUAUGUCUUUGUCAGGACUGUAACAGUUCUUGCUUUCCUGAGAGGCCAUGUCCUGCUAGACAACAAUGGUUGAUACUUGGGCAUGAUGGAGUCUACAUGGCAACUGCAUUUGCUUUUGUUAUAUUUCUUCUCAUCUUCAUCAUCAUAUUAGUAUGUUUUUAUUUUCAAUCAAAUUUCCAAUCAAUUAAAAAACCAUCGCCAAGUUCAUGCAGUUUUAGAUCAAUUCUCCCUACAUUUUCAAAUCCUACAUGCAUGGAGAAGCUGCAGGUUAAAGUUGAAGAAUUUCUUGAAAAGUCAUUUGCUAACUGGGGAAGGUUUUGCGCCAGAAGGCGUUGGUUGGUAGUGGUAGCAUCUAUUUUAGUUUGUGCUGCACUAACAUCAGGUGUUUUCAGGUUUAAAGUAGUUACAGAUCCUGUUGAGUUGUGGUCUUCUCCAGAGAGUCAGGCUCGUAAAGAGAAGGAUUAUUUUGAUGCAAAUUUCUCCCCAUUCUAUCGAACAGCAAUGCUGAUAGUCAAGCCUAAAAAUAUGAGCAAUUGGAAGACAAGUGGUGCAUUAAUUCGUGAAGUUGGACCUGCGCUGAGACAAGAUGUUUUAUAUGAAGUGCUAAGUCUGCAAAAUAAGAUUAAGAGUCUUGUUGGUAGUGUGAAUGUGAAGAGUGAGGGAUCUACUGUUGCAACAAAAAAUGUUACGUUGGGUGAUAUUUGUUUCUCACCCCUCUCUCCUGACAACAAUAACUGUACAAUAAUGUCUGCUCUUAACUACUUUCAAAAUGACAAUGAUACUCUCAAUGAGGUGGUAGAAAAUUACUUCUUCGUCACAGGAGACUUCAUCAAGCAUUUUAUAAAAUUGUGCAGGAGUCCAAUUUCAGUAAAUGAAACAUCAAUUGGGAAAUCCUGCCUGGCUGAUUUUGGAGGUCCUAUCAAUCCUUAUGCUGCUUUUGGAGGAUUUCCAGGAAAAGACUUUUUGUUGUCGAAAGCCCUCGUAGUAACAUACGUCAUCAACAACUUCAAGAAAGAUAAUUUCCAAGAACAAGCAUUAGCCUGGGAGAAGGAAUUUCUUGCAUUCAUGUCAUCUUACAAGAGUGAUCUUAUUGAAGUUGAUUUUAAUGCGGAGAGAUCCAUAGAGGAUGAAUUGGAUAGAGAGAGUAAGUCAGAUGUGUCUACCAUUCUCAUAAGCUACCUAAUCAUGUUUGCUUAUGUAUCAAUCACACUUGGGUCGUAUCAUAAGUGUUCUACAAUUUUGGUUGACCUGAAGAUAUCGCUAGGACUAUUCGGAGUGGUGAUUGUAUUGUUGUCGGUGUCAUCCAGUGUCGGAUUUUUCAGCUAUUUGAACGUUCCUGCUACUUUAAUUAUCAUUGAAGUUGUGCCAUUCCUUGUGUUAGCUGUUGGUGUGGAUAACAUUUUUAUCCUCGUUCAAGCAUUUCAGAGAUUGGAUUAUAAAGAAGGAAUGAACGUAGAAGAUAUGGUGAGUACCGUCGUUGGGAAAGUAGGACCCAGCAUGCUGCUCACUAGUUUAUCUGAAUCAUUGGCUUUCUUCCUUGGUGCACUGACUCCUAUGCCUGCUGUUCGUGUGUUCAGUUUGUAUGCUGCUAUGGCUGUUCUCAUUGACUUUCUUCUACAAAUAUCAUUUUUUGUCAGUCUCAUGACUUUUGAUGCUAUUAGGCACUAUUCUGGUCGACCAGAUAUAUGUUGCUGUGUGCCAGUAUUAAGGGAUGAUAAUCCUUCACUAUUGAGGGCUUCAUCUAGGCAUGGUGUUGUCUUUGAAUUUGUCAAGAAGAGAAUGUCAAAAGUGCUUCUCAACAAAUAUGUCAGACCCAUAAUAAUGAUCAUAUUUGUUGGUUGGUCAUGCCUCUGUUUUGCAGUGAUUCACAAAAUUGAAAUAGGACUGGAUCCCAAGUUAUCACUUCCAGAGGACUCCUAUGUUUUGAGGUAUUUUGAAUCUAUGGAAAAAUUUCUUUCCAUUGGAUCUCCAUUGUACUUUGUUGUCGGUGAAGAUUUUGAUUACGUUUCACAAGAUGGACAGAAUCAGUUGUGCGGGUCAAGUGGCUGUGCCUCAAAUUCACUUUUGUCAGAAAUAUUUGAAGCAACCAGGCAGCCAAAUUGUUCUUUUAUAUCAAACGUUCCGUCAUCUUGGAUUGAUGAUUAUUAUGAUUGGACUGCUCCUGGCAGUCCUUGUUGCAGACAAUUUGUGAACAAUGGAUCAUUUUGCAAGUCUAGUGUUAACAGCAGUGAAUGUAUCAAGUGUCCAAUCCAACGAUAUAAUGAAACGCAGAGGCCAUUAGGUGAUGACUUCACAAAAUACAUACCUUGGUUUCUUAAGGAUAAUCCAACAGUUGCUUGUCCUAAGGGGGGUCAUGCAGCCUAUGGAUCGGCUGUAAAACUUGGCAAAGACAAAAAAAAUGACACAAAAAUAGGUGCAUCAUACUUCAUGACUUAUCACAAAGUGCUCAAUAGUUCGCAAGAUUUUAUUGGUGCUUUGAAAUAUGCUCGAGAACUAGGCGAAAACAUAACAAAAUCAAUACACAACUGGAACAAUACAGAAUUGUAUGCUGGUAAAUCAGAUCAGACCAAGUCCAGAAACAUUUCUCAGUCUGUCUUUCCAUAUAGCGUCUUUUAUAUUUUCUACGAACAAUAUUUAACACUGAAAAAGAAUGCCAUCAUGAACAUUGCCACCAGCAUAUUGGCGGUCUUCAUAGUUACAUUUAUUCUACUCGGAUUUGACUUGUUUAUUUCUAUCAUUGUUAUGAUAACAGUCUCAAUGACAACAAUUAGCUUGUUUGGUUUAAUGUACUUUUGGAACAUUGAUUUGAAUGCACUAUCAUUGGUUAAUAUGGUCAUGUGCGUCGGCAUAUCCGUUGAGUUCUGUUCCCACAUUGCCAGGACAUUCGCACUAUCGUCACUAUCUUCCAGGAUGGACAGGACUAGGGAAGCACUGGUUUACAUGGGCAGUUCUGUAUUAAGCGGCAUCACGCUGACAAAGUUAGGAGGCAUCAUUGUUCUGGCUUUUUCAAAAUCUCAACUUUUUCAAGUAUUCUACUUCAGGAUGUACCUGGGAAUCGUCUUUUUUGGCGCCCUCCAUGGAUUGCUUUUUUUACCAGUGCUACUUAGUUAUUGUGGUCCUUCCGUAAAUAGAGCCAGAGUCAAAAGGGAUAUGAAACUGUCCGUAGUCAAUGAAGGUGCUGACAACAACGAUGAAAGUGCUUGUGCGAUCGAUGAUGACGAUCCUUCUAAAGCAUCUUUAUCUAAAAGCAAUCAAAAUGACAUGAGUCCUGCAAAUAUAUAUCAUAUUAUCUACGAUGGACGAUAAAACUAACUUUACUAAAAAAAACAUUAAACAGCCUCCUUCGUUCUAUCUUCAAUGCUUUUCAAGCAAUUUCAAAUUGCUUUAAUAUAAUUGAUUGAACAAAACAACUGAAAAAGAGAUUUGUAAAAUGAAAUCAAUUGUGCAAUCAAAACUGAUUACGUUUGAAAAUAUUUUGUCGAAUGUCUUCGCACUUCCCAGUGUUGAAGUGUACGCUUAUUGUAUUAUUGCAUUUUCCAUCUUGAAACGUCUCGUUAAUAUCUGUAUUUUAUACGUUUGUUCAAUUAUUUAUUUAUUUAUCUGUUUUGUAUAUAAAUAUUCAUUUUAUUUUUUCUCAUAGCUUGUUUAAUUUGUUUCCUACAUCUGUUUUUGGCAUUUAAAAAUACGACUUGUCACUAUCACGAUCAAUUUCAGAUAUUUAUUUUGCCAUCAUUUGAUGUACACGACCGAUAAAUUAACGUCAGCGCAAUUUAUCAAACUUCGAAGACGUCCUGGUAAAAGGCCAAUUUAUAUAAAUUUUCUAAUUUGUUUACUAUUUAUUUUCAUAUAAAUAUAAACUAUCAAAAGUGCAAAAUUAGCGUUAUAUUGAUUUUUUAAAAACGAAAAUUGUUUUAGUUUUUUUAGCUAAUACAAUUGGUUUGCGAUGUUUUAGUGACGUGGUAAAUUAAGAAAUUAUAUUCUACUCUUUAAUACUAUAGUUAGGCUAGUAAUUAUUUGUGUGGACAAAUUAUAUUAAGUUGCUAAUUUCAUGUAAAUUUUGUAAUAUUCAUAUUCCAGAUUUUGUAAUAAUAAUUAUUGAGCGUUUUAAUCGGCUUCUGAUUUUUUACUCAUUAUCAGUCGUAAAUAUAUUUUUUAUAGCGAUAAAUAUCUUUGCUUUUUCAUAAUGUGGCACAAUUAAAUCUCGAGCAAAAUGGUGCAAGGGGCUCGUUGUUCCAAGUAAUAACUUGUAUUUUACUUUCGGUUUUGUACAAAUGGUCUAUUUCAAUUAUGUAAUGAAAAUAUUUAUUGAAUAAUAAAUUUCUUUAAAAAAA